GUCGCAGGCCUCGAGGUUUGAUCUUCACAGCUGGGGCCUCUGGAACCGCCUGGGGCCAUCAGGGAUUGCUUUGCCAUAAUUCUACCAUCUCUCAUCAGCAAUGGCCCCUGCCGAGGCGCGAACAGGAUCAUCACCGCCCUUCGUCGAAGAGGCUCCUACUCGCGGGAAACGCCCCGAAUGCUUCAAAUCGACGCUCCAAGAGUGUCUGUUUGUCUUGACGGCCACGAUGUCGAUUGGGAUGUCGUCCUUUCUGAAUGGCAUAUGUACUGUGAUCACUGCUCCCAUCGGUCGAAGUCUUCACAUGACAUCUGCUCAGAUCACGUGGAUCACCGCUUCUUCCUCUCUGAGCUCCGGUGCGCUUCUUCUCUUUUUCGCCAAGGUGGCCGACACCUUUGGUCGCCGGUCUCUGCUCAUCUUGAGCAUGGGAGCGUUUGCGGUCUCGAGUCUCGUCACUGGUUUCGCUACAAAUGCCAUGUAUCUUGACAUUCUGGCUGGCAUAUUAGGCCUCUGGUCAGCCGCUGCCGUCCCUCCCGCCGUGGGCAUUCUGGGCGCAGCAUAUGAGCAACCGUCGAAAAGGAAGAACAUGGCGUUUGCAUGUUUCAGUGCGGGCAAUCCUGUUGGUUUCGUGAUGGGCACCAUCUUCUCCGGUGUCGCGGCGCAUAUAUUUAGCUGGAGAUCGUCAUUCUAUCUACUGGCAAUCAUAUACGUGGUGUUUUUUGUUGCUGCUAUUUGGACGGUCCCGGGGACGCAGGCUCAGACUGAAAAAUUCACACUUGGAACGAUAAAGAGGUUCGAUUUGUUUGGAAUUCUUCUGAGUAUGGCCGGUAUUGCGCUAUUCUGCUCUUCCUUGACAAUCGCAGGCGAUGCUCCAAGUGGAUGGAAAACCUCGUACGUGAUUGUACUACUCCUCGUAGGUGUAGCUCUGAUUGGCACUUUCAUCGGAUGGGAGUCAUUCGUAAAGCAUCCCCUGAUGCCCUUGCGAAUAUGGCAAGAUAGAAACUUUUCCCUGAUCAACACAAUUGUGCUUCUGGGCUAUAUGAGCUUUACUACGAGUUCUUUCUGGCUAUCUCUCUAUAUGCAGAAUGUCCUCAAGUUCUCCUCCCUUGGAGUAGCGGUGCAUCUUCUCCCCACAGCAAUAGGGGGGAUUUUGGUGAACAUCGUCGCAGGAUUAAUCUUGCACCGCGUCAGCAACAAGCUCCUGACAGGGAUUGGCGCGCUUUCGUACCUGCUUGCCGCGAUCCUCCUUGCCACCAUGAAGGAAGAUAGUUCUUAUUGGGCGUUUAUCUUCCCGUCAUUAAUUUUCUGCGUUAUCGGAGCCGAUCUUCAAUUUAACGUGGCGAAUAUGUAUGUGAUGUCUUCUCUGCCUCCUGCACAGCAAUCGCUCGCGGGUGGCAUCUUCAACACGGUUAACAGGCUUUGCGCCGCGAUCGGUCUGGGGAUCUCUACUAGUAUCUACAAUGCGGAAUCUGCGGGUACUGCUGCAUUACAGACGGCGGUCAGGCCGUACAAGAUGGUGUUCUGGUUUACUGUUGCGGCGGCUGCUGCAGGGUUAGUCUUCGUUCCAUUCCUGACGAUUGGGACACAGGGGCAUACCUCUAGGCCCACUUCUGUGGUGAGCUUGGAUAGAAAAGCUGCUGAUCAAGCUGGUGGGGGUGAUGGGAACUUUGAUAGAAAAGCUGCUGUGAGAACUGAGGAGGUCUCUGUGCCACCGACUGACUACAGGGAGAAGGGAGAGCAAUUGAUGGUUGAAAAUCGGGUCUAGACAGCGACAGUAAAGGCCUUAAAUCAUACUUAUCUAUUGGCUGUGUUAAAACUGCGGCAAACAGAACAUGUAAAACGAUUAGAUACCACG